AUUACCCACUAAUUUAAAACAGUGUAAAUCUAUCCUAUAUUUUGCUUAUAAACUAUGAUAACAACAAUACACUUAUCAUAAUUCAUAAGUCAUAUAUAACUCACUCUCUCUCCCUCUCUCAUUAGAAUUGAUUCAUUGAAGAAAGAUGGAGAGACAGCAGCAAAAUUAUCUACUUAGUUGGGCUCACCAAAACCAGUGUGGUAUAAAGACAAUAGAAGAUCUUAGACAUUCUCUUCUUCACACAACAAUGGAGUUAGAGCAAACAAGAAUGGUAGCCAGUGAAGAACUCAUUGCCAAAGAUGACCAGAUAAUGCAUCUCAAAGAUCUUCUCAACAAAGCUAUCAAAGAGAAAGAUGAAGCACAAGAGAGAUACAAGAGGCUUCUUCUUGACCAAAACAAUCUUCUUCAACGCCAAACGGACGAAGAGCAAGACCCAAACAUUAAUGGGUUUCACUCAUCAGACGGUGAAGAAAGCAUUGUUUCAUCUUUUGAACCGCCGAUGGAGAUCGAGUUAGAUUUUCCGGAGAUGACAUUACCGGAGAAAGGGAAGCUUUUAAAGGCGGUGGUGAAGGCAGGGCCUUUGCUUCAGACUCUGCUUCUAGCUGGACAGCUUCCACAAUGGCGUCAUCCACCACCGCAGCUUGAGUCCUUUGAAAUUCCACCAGUGAUUAUUGCUGAAGCAUCACCAUUGUCACAAGAUAGUUGUGGGAAUAAUCUUAACAGGAAGAGGGUUCACUGUGACGAGUCUGACUCCAAAAGAGAGACCAAGUACCAAAGGCUCUUGCCUUGAUCGUUUAUGUACUCACAUUUCACUUAAUCAUCAAGUAUGUAUAGAAAGAGUUCGUUUUUCUUUGUAUUCUUUCCAAGGGGUCAUUGUAUACCAAGCAGUGGAGCAGUCCUGCCUUUGGGUUAACCCAUUUCUUAUUUUGGAGUCUAGAUCCAUUAUAUUUAAAAAAAAAAAGAUUAGUAUCGGUUUCUUCCGGGGUGAGCAUGACUCUUUU